UUUUUUUUUUUUUUUGGCGGGAAAAAAUAAAUCGUAGCACUUGUUCGAUUCCUUUCACUUUGACUUCGAUCUAUCCCUUUCCUCGCAUAUUCCCUCUAUGACAACUCAUUUAUUUUUUUUAUUUAUUAUUCUCUUUUCUCUCUCCCCCCCAUUGCCUUCCUUACAGUCUGUGUCCGAUUCCAUGCUUCAAGAAUUGAAAGAAUGUUUUAUGGAAGCUUAUGAUGACAACCAAGAUGGAAAGAUUGAGAUACGGGAACUUGCCCAGUUGCUGCCUAUGGAAGAAAACUUUCUUUUGCUCUUUAGGUUCGACAAUCCUCUUGAGUCAUCCGUCGAAUUCAUGAAGAUAUGGAAGCACUAUGACGCAGAUCACAAUGGCUAUAUAGAUUCUGUUGAAUUGAAGAUUUGGAAAACGUACGACAAAGAUACCAGUGGUUUUAUUGAAGCUGACGAAUUGAAGAAUUUCCUUCGAGAUCUCCUCAGAGAAGCUAAAAAGGAUCAAGAUGUUUCAGAGGACAAGCUUAUCGAGUACACAGAUACCAUGCUUCAAGUUUUCGACCAAAACAAAGACGGGAAACUUCAGCUCUCAGAAAUGGCCAAAUUGUUGCCAGUCAAGGAAAAUUUCUUAUGCAGAUCAGUGUUCAAGGUAAGCCAGGGAGCGUCAAAACUCACAAAGGAAGAUAUAGAAAGGGUUUUCGCCUUGUACGAUAGGGACAAUAACGGCACGAUCGAAAACGAGGAAUUAAAUGGAUUCCUUAAAGAUCUUUUGGAACUUGUGAAAAAGGAUUACGACGCCCUCGAUCUGCAGGAAUUUCAAGACGCCAUUAUGCGCGGCUGUGAUUUCAACAAAGACGGAAAAAUCAAUAAAAAGGAGCUGACGAUGAUCCUGCUGGCGCUGGCGAAGCACGGCGGCGAGGACGAGAUGCUGACAGCCGGCACGGGCGUCCAGCCCAUCAUUCACCCCCUGAGCGAAAUUGCAUCGAUGGGCAUGAAAGCUCUCAAAAUGCAGAAGUUGAGGGUCAGGCAUUUCGUCACGCGUACCCUUGGCAACACUGGCGCGGCCCCUGCUGGCAACACUGCGACCUCGAGUUAGUCGGUUUGAAAAUUUUUGGAAAAAAAAGGGAAAUUUUCGAGAAAGAAUUAUGGAAAUUGAUUUUAAAAAGGGAUUUUUUCGAAAGAGAAUUAUGGAAAUUGAUUUAAAAAAGGGAAUUUUCGAGAAAAAAUUGUGGACAUUAAUUUCAAAAAUGGAAUUUUCUCAAAAAAGUGAUGGAAAUCACUUAAAAAAGGAAAUUUUCUAAAAAAAGUGAUGGAAAUCAUUUUCAAAAAGGAAAUUUUCGAAAGUAAAUGAUGGAAAUCAUUUUCAAAAAAGAGAAAUUUAUGUGAGAAUCUUGGAGGAAAUUUUUUUGAUUUUGGGGGGAAAAUUUUUGAAAAUUUGAAAGGAAGGCGAAAGAUUGGAAUUGGAAAGAAAUUGAUGUUUAUUUAUUUUCUUCAGUUUGUGUAAAAGAAAGAGAGAGAGAGAGAGAGGAAGAUUUAA